ACAGUGCUCACAAUAAGACACAUUAAAUAAGAACAUAACUCUGAAGUAUGAAUUUCACACUCGUUAAACAAUAACUGAUGCUAUCCGUAUACUAUAUAUUUUUUUAUAAAAAGUGUAUUGAACAGUGGAAGGGCAUUUAAUAAUUUCUUAAAACAAAUAAAAUAGUCAGACACACAGAUUGAUUUUACAACAACGUGUGCAGUAUGGAGCCUAACGGUGUUGAGUCAAGUUUGAAUUUAACGGCGGCCUGUAAUGUGAACAUGACUAACCAGUUCAGUCAUUCGUACACCGGAAAAUGGUUGCUGAUUAUCGUUUAUAUAGUUGUCUUUCUAGUUGGAUUAAUCGGCAAUACCCUUGUCUGUGUCGUCAUAUUGCGCAACAGAGGGAUGCGGACGGUGACGAACAUUUUCAUUGUCAACCUCGCCAUCGCAGAUAUCGCCGUUUUAAUUAUGUGUCUACCUAUUACUUUGCUUGUUGACGUAACCGGCGCGUGGUUCUUUGGUGACUUCGUCUGUAAACUAAACCAAUUAACAAUGACGUCAUCGAUAUCUGUGUCUGUUCUUACACUAACGGCAAUAUCCGUAGAACGUUGGUAUGCGAUCUGUCAUCCGUUGCGUUUCCAUAGCACCACGCGACGCGCCCGUGUCAUCAUUACUGCAAUUUGGAUUGUUUCUGCAGGCGUCGCUCUUCCGGAAACAAUUGCCUCUAGAACUGUUAAGACAUGUGAAGAAGAAAUGCUGUUCACUGCUUGCUACCCGGUUGAUCUUGGCUACAAGGGGCUCAUGAUAUGGCAGUUUGUUAUAAUUGCUGCACUGUAUUGCGCUCCCAUCUGCCUUAUGGGUUUCACCUAUUCCAACAUCGCCUUUAUCCUGUGUACCGGACGGAUACCAAAGGAAUCACACACACGUGCUGCGAUGUUGAACGGCAGAAAUUGGAAUGAUAACGAUGAGCACAUUGAAUCGCGCAAAAAGGCUGCCAAGAUGCUCUUUGCAAUUGUGGCUCUCUUUGCCAUGUGUUUCUUUCCAAACCAUCUGUUAAAUGUCUUAAGAUACGCUGGUUUUACGGAACACGUGGAAGGAAUAGAAAACUUUGCGCUGGUAGCACAUCUGGCGAUAUUUCUCAACAGCUGUAUGAAUCCCGUCAUUUACAAUUUUAUGAGCGACAAGUUUCGGAAAGAAUUCCGCCAUCAAAUACAAAACUGUUUCCGUUGCUACACGCCGGAUCGCCGGAACAGAUCGACGUUCCACAAUGAUUACAGCGUGAAAUUUACUGGGGGCAAUCACGUGAGCUGCAAUAUGACACACUCCACAGCAGCCGUGACACACGAAGUACGGGCGAACAUUUAGGAAAUUGUGUAUUGCAUGUACUUUAUUUUCUUAUAUUGUGUUCAAUGAUAUAUGUGUUUUGAUUGAAAUAUAUUGUCAAAGGAAUGCGAUGUCAGUGUGGAUCAGUCAAUAAUGUGUUAUAAUGAAUAUAGUAUACGGUUUAAACUAAAAAUAACAGAUAAUGAAUGUUUACACUGUUAAUUAUUCCAAUAAGAAAUACACUGCGUAAUGUUCGACGCCAAUUUUCUUGUAUGUAAUCAUA